GGGGCUGAGCCGGGAAAAUGGCGGCUUCGGGCGAGAGCGGCGCCUCAGGCGGCGGGGGCAGCACAGAGGAAGCAUUCAUGACCUUCUACAGUGAGGUAAAACAGAUAGAGAAAAGAGAUUCAGUUCUAACAUCCAAAAAUCAGAUUGAAAGGUUGACGCGUCCUGGAUCCUCUUACUUCAAUUUGAACCCAUUUGAGUUCAAACAAGCUGUGUAUAAACAGACCAUGAAACUGUUUGCUGAGCUGGAAAUUAAAAGAAAAGAGAGAGAAGCCAAAGAGAUGCAUGAAAGGAAACGACAAAGGGAAGAAGAGAUUGAAGCUCAAGAAAAAGCCAAACGAGAAAGAGAGUGGCAGAAAAACUUUGAGGAAAGUCGAGAUGGUCGGGUGGACAGCUGGCGAAACUUCCAAGCAAAUACAAAGGGGAAGAAAGAAAAGAAAAAUCGGACCUUCCUGAGACCACCAAAAGUGAAAAUGGAGCAGCGCGAGUGACCGGCUGGGUCCAGCCGCAGAACCCUGCCCUGGCUCUUUCUUUCCUGCUUUGAAGGACUCAUUCUUUCCUCCCACCUCCACCCAAACAUAGAGUAGUAUUUGCUUUUUAGUCCAUUUUGUUUUCAAUACAAUUUAAUAUCAAUCAGAGUAAUUCUUUUGUACAUUGAAAGGAGGGGCAUGGUUUUAAAAAAAAAAAAAACCUCCCCGAUCCCUCACCCCUAGAACAACCAGGAUUGGAAGGUGCCACCAUUGAUGCUGCCUUCUCUUCCCACAGCCUGUAACUUAAUGUUUUGUACUUCACUGAAUUGCGAUGUUUAGAAACUUCAUGUAUAGUUCGUGGAAAUCAUCCAAUUAAACAUAUUGCUUACA